GUCGACCUAUUCUGUAAUCGCGGAGGCCCCUAGGCUCUGUGCUUAGCCCUUGGAAUCGAUCUCAGCGUGGGCGGCUUUCGCUCCAAAUGAAAAUGUUUGAGAGCCUUGAGUCUUCAGCUACAAAAUCUGGCCGGGAUCUCUGGGCUGAAAUCUGUUCAUGUCUGCCAAGUCCUGCCCAGGAAGAUGCUGCCAGCAAUGCCUUCUCGGACUCCUUUAUGGAUUCACACUCUGCAGGUGAAGGCCACACAGCAGCAACAGACUCUGCUGUGCAACCAUCUGUAAAGCCCUGGGCUCCCUUGCAUGAUUCAGAAGUGUAUUUAGCAUCUCUAGAGAAGAAACUAAGAAGAAUCAAAGGUUUAAAUGAGGAAGUAACUUCCAAGGACAUGCUUCGAACUCUGGCCCAAGCUAAGAAGGAAUGCUGGGAUCGAUUCCUCCAGGAGAAGUUAGCAUCAGAGUUUUUUGUGGAUGGACUUGAUUCCGAUGAGAGCACCUUGGAACAUUUCAAAAGGUGGCUCCAGCCAGGUAAAGUCGCCAUCAGCACAGAAGAGGUCCAGUUUCUCAUCCCUCCGGAGUCGCAGGCUGAGAAGCCGGAGGCCGGGGACAAGCCAGCGGCAGCAGAACAAUAAAUUACACACACAUACGCCAAGCAGCUGUCUGGGGCCCCGGGGAGAACAGUGGAGAGCUUGACAGCACAGCAGCGAGGAGAAAUCCAGGCAGGGGGGGAAAGCCCGGACUUCCACUCCACAGAGCAAACAGCUGCUGGCCCCUGGGGACUUGCUUAGAGCUGGCAUGUAUGGGGCAGUCUUGGAUGGAGUGAUGGACCCAGUGCGUGCUAGAUCAAAACCCUACUUUCCUUCCUGUCCCACAGCUCGACUGAGAUCUGCUGCAGCGGGUUUGAGGUCUGUAAGGAUCCAGUGAGGAACAGGGUGUGAAAGCGCUUGGAGACACUGGAGACCUUGUAGGCAGCGCACCGGUUUUUUAAGUGAGCUGUCUUUUCCCCCUCUCUCUUCCCGGUCUCCGUGCCUGUGUUCCAAGUAUUCCCUAGAGAGGUAGUCAGGAGCAAGUCUAGCCAAGGAGAGUAAAGUCAGUCUCCUGGGGUCCAAGCCCUUGUGGGGCUUUCUCACGUGCUCAUCGUAAAUGGAGGGACUCUAGGGAAACGGGCUUUUCCUUUUGAUUUGUUCCUUGUAUCAGAAAUGGACAAAAAAAAAAAGAAGUGUGAAAAUGUGGGUGUUUCUAUCUGCGUAGAUAUAUUUUCUAUUUCACGGCUUCUCCCUCAGCUGCUUCUUGUACCAAGUUCCAAAUUAGGCUUGUGAAUAUGGUUUAGUGUUUGACACAACCCUUGAUUGGUUCCAAACUUGCUCCCUGUGGUGACUUCCCCGGCUGAGCUUGCAUUCAUUCCUUGUUCAUUGUACUGUUCUUCGAGUAAAGUUCGAGUUGUCUGUGUAAAA